UACCGUUUUGCAUAUGAUAAGCGGCUUUACUUGCAACAGAUAGGUGCGCGUGUGAUAAGCACGGUGCUUGCAAUUGUGAAAUUUCUUUACCAUGCCCAGUUUGUAAUCAAACUCUAUUUUUUUCACCAUCUGGUCGGGGGUGCGUAUGUGUCCGGGCCAUGAAUUUCAUCGCAUCUCUGUCGCCAGUGCCGCCUUAAACCCGCCUUGGAAAGAAAAGGGGUCCCAUCGCUUCUUCCCCCUUCGUUGGCGGAGUCGGGCUACAUCUCCGAUAUGCGACAGAAGGGAAACGACGUCAAUCCCGGCUAGUUUGCGGGGAAGCAAAGGGGAGGGGGGGCACCACGCUUAUUUUUGCGCGACCCCUUUAAGCGCCACCGCCUUUUGGCCGGUAUUGGAUGUGGGUUUGUUUUGUCCUUUUUGCUCCCUCGUCAGGACCCCUAAACUUGUGCUUAUCUGUGGUUUUACUGAUAGGGAGCAAAGGGACGAGGCUUCUAGAUGGGCGGCGUAAAGAAUCAAGCGAAAAAUCUGGAGACCCCCUUCGGUAGCGCUAAUCAGCCAAAUUCCAAAUGUUUAAUCCCAGUCGCGGUCUUGAUGGGAUUUACAAGGGCAGAUUUGCAUGCAAAGGCUUGAUGACAUCAGUGGUUCCACACGUUUUGUGGCGACAAUGGGGGGUCCGCAGCGCCAAGCCCCCGGUCUUCUCCCGGCAGUACAGGCUGAACCGUAACGACGCGGACUCGCGGAGCUUCGUCCAAAUCUCCGUCCGGCUCUUUGAUGUUAAAAUGGGAACCCAACCAAUGCAACAUCCAGUGAGACGAAAGGUGGAUUGGCCACAGCGGCGCCCCGAUGUCCAUCCCAUCCUGCACGUAGGGUCCAACUCGCCUUAUGACGUUCCCGCCUCCGUCAGCGGUUGGAUCGCCGAGACAAACAAGGACGAGGUCAUCGUGACCUGCCGCACCUUAGUGCACCACCCUCCAAACCUCAUCCAGCCAUUAGGAGAGGCAGAAAUCGUCAAUCCAAAAGCGGCACAUCCCUCCGUUGUUAGGCUUGAUUGCGGCAAUGUGACGUGGGGCUAA